AUGUCUGUUACGUCGAGAGAAAGAUUUUUGCAGGAAUUUCCAAGUUUAGUCGAGGAAUUGAAAGAAAUUCUUGUUAAAUAUGGUAUGCCAAAUGAAGCGCUUCAAUGGUACGAAGCCUCUCUAACCUAUAAUACACCAGGUGGUAAAUUAAAUAGAGGUCUUUCAGUGGUCGAUACUUAUGCGAUUCUAACAGGACACGAAUCGAUUGCGUCCCUAAGUAAUGAAGAGUACAAGAAAUUAGCCAUCUUGGGAUGGUGCAUUGAAUUGUUACAAGCCUACUUUCUGGUAGCUGAUGAUAUGAUGGAUCAAAGUAUAACAAGAAGAGGUCAGCCAUGUUGGUACAAGGUGGAAAAUGUCGGGAACAUUGCCAUCAAUGACGCUUUCAUGUUAGAGGCAGCCAUAUAUUCACUGUUGAAGAAACAUUUCAAACUGGAAACUUACUAUGUGGAUCUGUUGGAAUUGUUCCAUGAAGUUACUUUACAGACCGAAUUAGGCCAAUUAUUGGACUUGGUUACUGCUCCAGAAGAUCACGUUGAUCUAAGCAAGUUUUCCAUGGUAAAGCACUCAUUCAUUGUUAGAUUCAAAACCGCCUACUAUUCAUUCUACUUGCCAGUAGCUCUGGCCAUGUACGUUGCUGGAAUCACCGACGAAAAGGAUUUGAAACAAGCUCAAGACGUUUUGAUCCCAUUGGGUGAGUACUUCCAAGUUCAGGACGACUACUUAGACAAUUUCGGAACUCCAGAACAAAUUGGUAAAAUUGGGACCGAUAUCCAGGACAAUAAAUGUUCUUGGUUGGUCAACAAAGCGUUAGAAAUCGUUACUCCGGAACAAAGAAAGAUCCUAGAUGACAACUAUGGUCAAAAGAACCCAGAAUGUGAACUCAGAGUGAAGAAACUUUACGAUGACAUUAACUUGGCCCAGUAUUACCAUGAUUAUGAAGAUGCCGUUUCUAAAGAAUUGAAAUUGAAAAUAGAUGCUAUAGAUGAAACACGUGGCUUCAAAAAGCAAGUGUUGACUGAGUUUUUCAACAAAGUCUACAAGAGAAGUAAAUAG